UAAUUCAUUGAUCCUUCAUUUUUGCACAGUCCAUUCCAUUCAAUUGUUUCAACGAAAUAUUUUUUUGUUAUCAUUAAUGUAUUGGUUAAAGGGUUGGUGGAGAGGCGAGGGCUUUGGCACAGUAUAGAAACAAACAGUAGUCCCACUGUGUAGAAAUUUUUUGUGUAGCUCAUAUCUUAUUACACAUGUGAUUAACAUUGUGGCAGCCAGUCAAUAGCUUUUUUCGGUUAAUAGGAAGAUAGAGAUGGCUAGCCACAGCCAGAAAUCUUAUUAAAUAAACAGCACCAAGAUGCACAGUGCAGUGAGACUACACUUGGGUUAAUUAAUUUUUAAACGCACACAUCUCGCGCGUUGUUACCAGUGAACUCGACAUUUGAAUAACAUAUUAACAUAAUAUGACAUUUGAUAUAUACAUAUGUGGAGUUCACUGGUUGUUACUGGCGACGGCACUUGGCAACUAUGGCGUCCUUGUGGUGAGGAAAGCGAAAUUGUAAUUUCUUAAAAUUAGAUUGCUUGAACACAGUUGAAAAGUCAUUGGUAAAUAUGCUGAAUUCUUAGUAGAGCGUAUUCUGGCUUAGAUAUGCCUGGAGUUGUAUUGAUGGAGAUUGUCCUCUCCGUGUGAUAUUUAAUACUUUUUCAUGAGAUCAUUAACAGCAGCAGACAUGUCAGACAACAUCAGGGAGGUGAAAUAUUUGUACAACACAUAUUUAUAUCGACGGCUGCAUGUUAAAACUCGAACGACCAUGACUUAAAUAUGGCUGUGGAAGUUAACACAAAACAAAAUGAAGAACGAAACUAAUCUUAAUGGUGAGAAUGUCGUAUUUCAUGGAGAUGUAAUUUUGUCGAAGACCAAUUCAUCAAAAAAUUUUGAUAAUAAUGAUGGAGAAAUUGAUUUUGGUAUCAGCUUACUAAAUGGCGGAAGCAGGGUGCUGAACAAUGGUGUCAUGUUGAAAGAGAUAGAGUUUUCUGGCCUAUCAGAUCAUAAUUUGGGUCUACAUUUACAUGACUUCAAAACCACACGAGUGUUGGAUGACAAGUUAAAUAACCUCGUCCGAAUAACGAAUAUCGAUGAAAACUCACUUUCUUUUGCUGAUGGACGCUUGAAAAUUGGCGAUUGCAUUUUAAAUAUAAAUGACAGGAGUGUAAUAGGGCUUUGUGUGAAUGAAGUGAGGGAUAUCCUAGAAAAAUCAAUAUUUUAUGGUGCUGUUAAAUUAACUGUAUCAGAAACAGAGAAUGAACAUCAAUCACUUCUUGCAACCGAACAUAGUGGCAUUAAUUCUUUGAAGAAAAUUCAUUUAUUGAAAGACAGGACAGGUCUGGGAAUACAAAUUGUUGCUAGGAAAAACAAAGUAAUUGUUACUGGGAUAUCUGAACAUGGUGUAGUUUACAGAGAUGGUCGCAUAUGUGUAGGUGAUGAACUUAUUGCAGUCAAUGGCAGGAGUCUGUCUGGAUUAGGAAAACACGAAGCAAUUAAUCUUCUUCGUUCUUCAUCAAAAUUAGUUCAACUUAUUGUGAAUUCCCAGGGUGAAGAUUUUGAUACAUUUAAAGAAAUGUCGUGUUCACAACCAUUGACACCAAACAAUGAAGAUGUUGGUUUGAAGAAAUUUAUUCGCCGCAGAACUACCAAAGACAAGUCAUUUGCGCCAAGAAAUCGAAUGUAUGAAGUUGCUGAUACGCAGUCUUCCACUUCAUCUUUAGAGAAAAAUUUUGGUAGACAAUCAAUUGCUUCUCCUACAAUGCCCUUCAAUGUUGGAAAUAACAAUAAGAUUUUCAGGCAAGGAUCGAUUGAUGCAUCAAGGAAACGUUACGCGAAACGAAGUGUGAGUGAUGAUAACAUUAUGCUUACAAGUGAUGAUGUAGAGAAUACUUUGGGCCAACCUCAACAUCAAGUUCAAAGAACAUUUACUGUUAUCCUUGUGAAAGGACCGAGUAAGGGAUUGGGAUUUACUAUUGUUGGUGGCCGAGAUUCCCCAAGGGGCAAAAUGGGAAUUUAUGUGAAAAGUAUAUUGCCCGGAGGUGCAGCUGAGAGUGAUGGUCGUUUGAAAGAAGGCGAUGAAAUUGUGUCUGUAAACAGUGUGAACUUAAAUGAUUUCUCUCACGAGGAAGCGGUAAAAAAAUUCAAGCGUCUAGGUCAGGGUAUCGUGAAUCUUGUUGUCCGACGACCAUUCUCUAACUCGUGUGAGCCUACGAAAUCUUCAAAAUCCUCUAGUUUACGACGUACUGCGUCUUUACAAAACAUGAACACGUUGUAUUCGCCGCCAAUAAUGGAAAUGAAGAAAGUUGAAUUCAGUAAAGAAAAACAUGCCAGCCUUGGAUUUUCAAUUUCCUGUGUUGGCUGCGUGGAAAGAAAUGAUUAUGUAGUUUAUAUUCAAUACAUCAGUGACAGUUCACCAGUUGUAGAUAAACUAAAGGUUGGAGACGAAAUUUUGAGCGUCAACUCGGAGGACAUUUCACGGAAACCAUUCGGAGACGCUGUGGAAUUUCUUGAAAAUAUUCAUCAUGGCAAAGUUACAAUCGUGAUAAGACGACGCAGGGCCAAACCAUCUUUACUUCUGUUGGAAGAUGAAAGCAGUGAUCCUAUUGAUGCAUCGAGUAUCGAUGGUUGGUCAGAAGCAUCAGAUUCUCCGACUUCUUCACGGAAAAGAAAGAAUUUAUCGCUACCUGGCUCGUUCUAUUCUACGAAUUUAAUUGAAGAAGCAGUGUCGAUGGAUGUGAACUAUGGUUUGGUGGAUCCUUGUCGGAGUAAAUUUCCACCAGACGGUGUAUUUUCUUAUUCACGCGGUAAAGGAGAUGGUGAAGAGAGUAUUGAUAACAAUGAAACAAACCCGGUGAUAUCAAACGGCAACUAUUUUACAAAUGAAACUGCUCAAGUAUCUAAAGAUGGGUUUGAUCUGCAUGUCGUACACAUCGAUAAAGCCUUCAAUGAUUCUUUGGGUGUAUCACUCAUACCGUGCACUGAUCAUUUAAAGUCGUACUUCAAAGUAAGACGUUUGGUAUUGGGUGGUGUUUGUGAUAAAAAUGCAACUAUCUUAGUUGGCGAUUGUCUGAUAGCAAUAAAUGGAGAAGAUUUGAAAGGAAUGUCUCAUUCGGCUGUCUUGCAAGAACUGAAAAAGCCUGCCACACAUGUGGUGCUAACUCUCUUGCGUAAGAAAGAUUACAGUUCUACAGAUUCAAAAAAGAGCAGUCAAUCUUUGAAAAUGUCUGUAACGUCGUCUUUAUCAACGGAUGUUUCUCCCCCAUUGCCUACAUCGUCAUCCCCACCUGUGUUUGAAGAAGAGCACAUUUACAAGCAACAAGAUAUGAAGUCAUUAUAUUACGAGAAACAGCAACAUGAUUCUGUGUUCCUAUCACCCGACAGUCCAGUGAAAUCUUCAUUGAAAGCAAAUUCCUCCUUCUUUCCCUCCCAAAUAGAUCAGUCACAAAAUAACGAAUUCUCAUCACAUAUUGCAGAAAACGGAAACACCACUUCUCAGAUACUCGUGCAAAACAAAACCUCAACCGUUGUAUACAAUGAUGAAGCCACUCGCCAUCACCUAAUGCCUCCACCAUUUGUUUAUGAUGAUGGAGAGGAGCUGGGAGAAUUUCGAAGACAGGCAUCUUACAGCAAGUAUAUUUUAAAACCGCCUCCAAUGGUGGAAGAUGCUCAAUCAGUUUCGUCGAUUAUUGAACAAAACAAAGUGUUGCCACCUCCUCUAGCCGGUCACCCAUCCAUGCUUGGUGAAACUGAAGUUUUUGGUUCAUCGGAAAGAGUUAAUACUUUCCUGGUUCAACCACCAGGGUCUUCAAUUCCUAGUUCACACCAUUCUCUCAAUUUUGAAUCUCUUAGUCCGAACUAUUCUGUUCCAGGAAUACAAUCAGGAGAAAUUUCUCAGUUGAUAGAACCACCUAUGCCACAAGUUGAAGACCUUCCAAUUAGAUCAUUUUCAAACUCCAUGUCAAUUUCUAACGAAAAUCCUUCAAUGGCAAACACACAGAAUAUGAUGCCUAGAACGUCGACCCCACAGAUUGUGAUACCACCACCUCCAUCUUUUGUCCAAUCACUUCCCAAGCAGUUCAUAAAAUCAGCAAGUUCCUGUUCAACUGUCAAAGAUUCUGAAAAAACGACAAAAGGCAUGGGUAGGAUAUCCCCUUCAAAUUCAGCUAUUUGUCUUCUUGAUCAAAUCUUGGAAUCCGAAACAGGUUACAGUUCAUCUUCAUCGGAUGCUAAAUCCGUGGAUGUGACGUUGGCAAAUACUGAUGAAAACGAAGUAAAAGCUUUCAACACAGAAACGUCUAAUUUAGAAGAACAAAAGAAAGAAAUGACACGUGAAUCACUUCCCAAAACGACAAAGGCUCCAACAAUAAAUCUUCAUAUCUAUCGGAUAUGGAAAUCCAAAGGACUGGGAUUAAAAGUAUGUCCAUCCUUGGACGGUCGUAUUAUCAUCGCAGAUUUGCUGGCUGGUGGUGCCCUGAAGAAAGAUGGGCGAGUUAGGGUGAAUGAUUCCUUGAUUGCCAUCAACGAUAUUUCUUUAUCAGGCCUCACUGUUGAUGAAGCUCGUAGUCUCAUUAAGAUGGUGAAAAAAGAUGUUGUGAGGUUAGUUGUUAUGUCUCCUGAUGCGGUGAAAAAGAUGGGACUUACUAACGAGUUACUGGGUCCGGGUUUGUUUGAUGAUAUUCAGUCUAACAUAGAACUUCGAGCUAGUCGAAAAAUACCUUGUGAAGAUUCGGUAAAGGAAAUAUGUUGGAAAGGGAUUGGUAGCGAAGACGUAGGUGAAAAGUACGAUAGUCCAUCUGUGUCCGGAUACCAUGAAACUGGGCCGGAAUGUGAAACACUCGGUGAAAUGCCAUGUAAUAAAUCAGGUAAUGAAAUGCAACGUUUGUAUGACGACGAUAAACAAUUGUCCAGACGGAGGCCAUUUUCCGAAGUCCUUGAAACGAAAAACGAUUUGAUAGAAAAAGAGUCUAAAAAGCAAAUGAAGAAAAAAGCGUCAGUGAAAGCAAGAUUGGGUCGAGUUUUCGGAAGAGAACCAGGAAAAUCAAACAAACGUUCUGUGAAACUAUCUUCUCCUCUGAGCCCAAACGAUAAGUGGAAAAAAUCAAAAUCAUUGGAUCAGUUAGAUUCUGGUGAAACCAGCCAGGAUUCCAAUGAAAGAAAAAUAAGCUAUACAGACAUUUCUAAAGAAGUCAAUAAUGUAGAAGCUUUGUCUCUUGAAAGCACAGAAAAUGUUGCCAUUACUGUCCCCACAGUUGACACCACUGACCCAAUGUCUGGUAGUCAGACGGGCUCAAAUGAUUCCUUUCGACCAGAUGGAAGUUCAUCUCGAGCAAAAGUUCGAAGGAAAAGAAAAUCACUCUACGAGCUUCCACCACCACCUCCUCCUCCUCCUGUAGAGGAAAAUGAUCUCGGAACACGUGAAAUCUCACAUUAUUCCAUCGAACCAGUCAAUAAUCAUAAAACGCAUGAUGAAAUAAAGCCGCCUCCUAAACCCCGUCGAAUGUCAAAGAAUUUCGAUGUAUACUACCAAAAUGAAGAGUGUGUUGAAAGGAGUAUAUCAGAGGAAAAUGUCUUGCAUUUCAGUGAUUUUAAAGAAAAAAUGCGACUUCACGAUGAUACUCUGUAUAUUACCAACCAAAAGAAGAAUGACAACUUACAAUGCGAGUUUUCUUCCAAAAAUCCAUCUCAUACAGAUAAUGGCAGAGAGCAGCGAAAUUCAGGUAGCCACCAAUCAUCAGUUUUGAUUACAUCAGUGUCCCGUGACAUAAAAGAAGGUCUGUGUGAAGAAGGUGUGUCAAGAACCUUCAGCGAUCCUUUACCAGCCCCACGAGAUGUUUGUGUUAUUUCUCCUUCUGUAUCAGAAAGUUCGAGGUCCAUCUCCAACGGGAACUCUGUUUCUUUAACAAGAGAUAAAUCGUCGUCUAUGAAUCCUAAUCGAACACUUAGUGAUCCUGUAAUGUCACCAUUUAUUGCUUCAGAUGUACGACACACACGCAACUCGGUGGUUGGUGCCAAAUCGGCAAAACCGUUCAUACCUCCAAAACCAACCGUCUCCUUCAAACCAACAUUGCUCCCAAAACCCCCUGUUGCCCCUAAAAUAAAUUCAAAUAAGAUUAAAGUUGAAAAGCAUAGUACAGAUGGUGCUCCCAUAAACAAAAAUCCUGGGGAAAACGCAGCUGACAAUUAUGAAUGUUCACAGAGAAAUGACGACGUAUUUUAUCCUGAGCCAGAAAACAGAAUAUAUGCUCGUAGAUCGUCUUUACCGGAUGACACGUUAAGUAGAUCAUCGCCUUCAAACAUUCUCAGCAAUAUUGAAAGAUCACGACCAAUGACCAUGUUAGCUCAAGGCAGUCACGACGAAGGUGUGUUUACAGUCAAGUUAUUGAAACAACAGCGAUCACUCGGCUUGACCAUUACGGGAGGCAUCGACACACCUCUUGGAAUGCUCUACAUUAAGGAGAUACAACCAGGUAGCCCUGCGGACUUUUCUCGUCGAUUGCGUGUUGGAGAUCAGAUCGUUCAAAUGAACGGUGUUAACUUACUUGGAGCGACACACGACGAGGCGUUAAAGAUUAUGAAAACAACUCCUCCGCUCGUUCAGCUGGUUGUAGCAAGACGCAAUGACAGAACUGAAGAAAGCUUACGCAUUGAUGAGAACAAGCUUAAGAGAACAUCCCCGACAAAAGGAAAUGAUACCGUCAUUCAAGCAGCAAUUGUUAACAGCAAGAUACCUCGAGAGCAAUCUAGUGUUUUUCUGAAAACACUACCGUCCUCACGGCGCGGUAUUCGCUCUACUGGUGGCCAGCACAGGCGUUCUACAGGAGAACGUUCGGAAUCUGAUAUUCCAGUAUCUUUUAUUGGUGGAGAGGAAGAACCUCUUUGUGUGACCGAGAAUAGAAAUGAUAAUGAAAAUAUUAGUCAAGUUGCUACAAUCAGCGUAGUUGCACGUGAUGGUCGCGUGAAGCUUGGUGAUAAGUUACUUGCUGUUAACGGGCAAUCUCUGAAAGGAAUGACCAGUCCGCAAGUUCUAGCCUUCUUAAAACAAACGCCAAAUACUGUAACCUUGACUUUAUCACGUCCUAGGAAAAGUAGCAAGAGCUCUCGUAGUCCACCCCCCGUUUCACAGAAACCACAUCGUCCUAACUUUCUUCUUCCUCCAAAAGUAGAGGCUCCCUCUGUAAGUGAAGAUGUUGAAAGAAAGGAUAAGGCCUGGCCUGUGAAAGAAGAAAAACAACGAAAAGGACUUUGGGGUAGUAUAAGCGGUAGUUUUCAUGGUGGUUUAGUUAAGAAGCAUGUUGCUAUCGACGUCGGAGAGAUUGAUUUGAGUGAUGACAGUGAUUUGCAAUGUUAUUCAAAGCCUACUUCACCAAGAAAAGGCAUGAAAGAUCUUUUCUCUCCGAACGACAACGAACCUUUGUUACUGGAUAUUGAUGUACACAACGGGUGCUCUGGUGUUGGUUUUAGCGUCCGAGGAGGUCAAGACUCUAUAUAUGGUGAUUCAUCGCUUUUUGUCGAUUCUGUAUUUUCGCGUUCACUCAAAGAUGGCUUGCAAAACCUGCAAAGCGGGGAUGAGAUUGUGAUGAUUAAUGGUCACGAUAUGUCUCGAUUGACGAACGCGGAUGCAGUUGAGUUGCUCAAUUCUUUGCCGAAAGGGGAAGUUCGUAUUCGCGUUCGCAGGAGAUAGUUGUCUUACAACCUCAUUACUGCAAGGUUUUUAGGCACUAUUUUCAGUGCUGUGCACAUGCGUGACUAGCAGUGCGAGUUUCUUACAUGUGCACCAUGGUUUCGUAACAGAAAUAUAUAUGUUUUCAACCAAAAUGAUGAUUUAUAAAUUUUGUAAAUGUCCCAAUUAAAUUGAGUAUUUUAUCAAUUGUAAACUAAGGUAUAUAAAACCAUAAAAAAUAAUUAGUAUUCACAAUAUAUAUUAUAAUAUUAUGAUGUGUAGUUGCAAGUUGCUUGUCGCCAGAAAGUCCCUAAGGUCCGGUUUUACGAGUUUCAGGUAACGCUAUUUAUUGAAUGAUUACAUUCGAGCCUAUUAAAAAUUUGUUUUGUUUACUUCA